ACCCCCAAGCCUUUAUAAAAAAUUCCCUCAUACCUCCGCCUUGCGCCGCACGUUAUAAACAAAGCAACGCUUCUGUCACUGCGACCAUCUGCGCUGUUUAAAGAGAGAGAAAGAAAAAAGUUUUUGUGGACUUUUUGUUGGGGUGUGUUCAUCUCGGGACAAUCAGAAGUUAAAGCAACAGGCUCUGCAGCUCUUUGAAAUGGAUGACAUCCAGGUUGUUGAGUCCAAACCCCUGCUGGUCGACAGGGAACUGCCGGGCCUGAGAGAGGCUAUACAGCAGCUUGUUAUCAAGGAGCAUGAUGUGGAGACUCCUCAUGGAAGAAUCCACUGUACCAUGAAGGGGGUCCCCAAGGCUGACAGACCGGUCAUCCUCACGAUCCAUGACAUCGGACUGAACCACAAAACCUGUUGGGACUCGCUCUUCAACCAUGAGGACAUGUCAGAAAUCAUGCAGCACUUUGCUGUGUGUCAUGUCGAUGCCCCCGGCCAACAGGAGGGAGCUAACACCUUUUCCACUGGAUAUGAAUACCCCUCUAUGGACCAACUCUCUGAGACCCUCCCUCUGGUGCUGAAGCACUUUGGACUGAAGACUGUAAUUGGAAUGGGCAUUGGAGCAGGGGCCUACAUUUUGACCAGAUUCGCCCUGGACUACCCGAACAUGGUGGAGGGGCUGUUGCUCAUCAACAUCAACCCAUGUGCUGAGGGAUGGAUGGACUGGGCUGCACACAAGAUCAGCGGCUGGACUCAUGCCAUGCCUGACAUGAUCAUCACCCACCUCUUUGGAAAGGAGGAGAUCCACAACAACCACGACCUAAUUGGAACAUACCGCCACCACAUCCUCAACGAUAUGAACCAGUUCAACCUGCAUCUCUUUGUCAAGUCCUACGAAAGUCGGAGGGAUCUUGAAAUUGAGAGGCCGGUCCCUGGAACCACUGUCAGAACUCUCAAGUGUCCUUCUCUGCUGGUGGUUGGCGACAGCUCUCCUGCUGUGGAGGCUGUGGUUGAGUGCAACACCAAGCUGGACCCAACAAAGACUACCCUGCUCAAGAUGGCUGACUGCGGAGGCAUGCCCCAGGUUGACCAGCCUGGCAAACUGACAGAGGCUUUCAAGUAUUUCAUUCAGGGCAUGGGAUACAUGCCCUCUGCCAGCAUGACUCGCCUGGUCCGCUCCCGCACUGCCUCCGGCUCCAGCGUCACCUCUUUCGAAGGCAACCGCUCCCGCUCCCACACCGCCGAGGGAAACCGCUCCCGCUCACACACCAAUGAGGGCAGCCGCAGCCGCAGCCACACGACCGAGAACCAGCGUGGCCGCUCCCACACAGCUGGCUCCACGGACGGCACGGCCAACAGCAACGUGGACCAAGCCGUGCCCAAGUCCACUGAAGUAUCCUGCUAAGUGAAUCUCCACUCUCCAGACACGCAAACCUCUCAAAGUCCCUUUGGCUUGUGCUGCGCUGCCUCUAACUGACACACAGACACACACAUUCCUACGCACAUACUCACCGAUGUGGAGAGGGAAACUAAGAUAGCAUACCUGGAAUUGUAAAAACGCACAAUGGACACUCACCUGCAGUCUAUUCAGUGCAGCUGAGAUGCCCCACUUUGAAAAUAUGAUGUCUUUUGAGUGAGAGGUUAGGGUCAACUGUAUGCCUGUUUUGUCAUUCAGAGGGACUCACACAUAUCCGAAUGCUCCUGAGCUCGUUGGUCAGGCUAGUGUGUAGUUAGGGGCAACGCAGCAUCUGGGGACACCGAAGCAGAAUGUCGGAGAAAGCUGUGGCUACGAGUACACCAGCUUGUACAUGUAUCUCUCAUAAUCUCUCAGAUAUAUAUGUAAAAGAUGUUUUAAUUUCCAUUUCUGCAUUCCCUCAUCCUGUUUUUAUCCAUUUUUACCAUAUUGACACAGCUUUCUCGAAUAUACCUGACUGUAAAUGACUGUUUUCUGUUCUCACUGUAAUUGUUUGAUCAUUUAUUCUUUAUUUUCAAUGUUUGAAGUGUUGUUUGUACGUAGGAGCAGAUUUGUAGAUGUGGAGAGAAAAUGUGGAGGCACUUGGAUAAAUAAAAAUGGCAAAUUGCCUUCCAAAUUGCUACACAACUUUAAAAUUUAAGGGACAGUCUUCAAGUAUAUCAUGUAUGUACAGCGAAUAAUCUUAUUUCAUCUUGCCAAUGUCCAUUAUCUUUGAGUUUCUUCAAAACAUUCUGUUAUUUGAACAAUUUUACAUCCAUUCACUGGUGACUUAUGAAUUUUUCAGGAAUCAAAGGAUCAUAUUUAGUACAUUCCAAUGAGACGGUAUGCUUUGUCAUUAAUCAAACACUUUCUGAAACACAAAUUUUACAUCAUAUGCUUUAUUAACGGAUCAUGGCUUCAGACAAAACGUUUUUUCUCUUUUUUACGAUGAUUUCUAUGCAAUCAAGCACAAUGGAACAAAGAUGUGCCAUGGAAUUGUUCAUUUUUUAGACGUGAUGCUCCUAUGUGGUUGUGGAUUUUUGGGUGAGUGAAGUGAUAGGUCCACAUGUUAACAUGAGGAUAGCCAUAGAACUUACCUGACACCUUCUACUCCUGUAUUUUACUUGCACUACAUUUUGCUUUGUAAAACACAUACACAGCUUUGUAAAGAUGCAAUGCACAACCGUCUAAUGCUGUAGAAAAGCAUUAAAAUGACAUAACAGUUUGUAUUUAUUAAAAAAAUUACAAUAAAAAACUUGUAACUGAU